UAUCCUAAUCGUAGCAAAUAUUCUACAAUUAUCAACGUUCAUGUACAAUCUUAGAUUAUCUUAAUUUUAAAUUAAACAGAAGCAUACACGCAUUAGUUUACAAAUACGCGCACGUCCAGACACUAUACAUUUCAAAUGCAGUGACAGGUUGGAGGUUGUUGGGUCUCUUCCUGUUUCUGGCUCUGGUGCUGAUGCUUCCCCACCUCGCUUCUCGCCCUUUUUCCUUCUGUCAUGGCGUCUCAGAAUUCUCCUGCUUCGAACUGUAGCUGGUGGCCAAUCUCAGCAACUGAAAACGAUGGGAAAAUCAGCGAGGGCGAACAAAGCAGCACUCCGGCUCAAGAACAGGCGGGGUUUCUCUCUGAUAAAAACGAAAAAGACGGUGACGGUAUCGUCUUGUAUCACUGGACCCAGUCUUUCAGCUCACAGAAGGUUCGUUUACUGAUUGCAGAGAAAGGCGUGCUGUGUGAUGAACGUGACGUCAGUUUACCAUUAACUGAACAUAAAGAACCAUGGUUUAUGCGGCUGAAUUUAGGUGAAGAAGUGCCGGUGAUAAUCCAUGGGGACAAUAUCAUUAGUGACUACAACCAAAUUAUUGAUUAUCUGGAGAAGACCUUUGUGGGAGGGCAUUUAGUAAACACUGCUUCAGAAUUGAUGAAGCUCGACCAAGAACAACCUCAACUCACAGAGCCAUAUCUUUCCAAACAAAAAAAACUAAUGACCAAGAUACUGGACCAUGAUGACGUGAACAACUUAAAGAAAAUUCUUACUGAAUUAGGGAAAGUUUUAGAUCAAGUGGAAGCAGAGCUUGAACAGAAGAAACAUGAAUUUGCAGGCCAGAAGUGCGAAACCUGGUUGUGUGGAUUAGAUUUUACCUUAGCUGAUAUAUCCCUUGGAGCAACGUUACAUCGCCUCAGGUUCCUGGGGCUUGCAAAAAAGUACUGGGGAAAUGCAGAUCGACCCAAUUUGCAAGCAUAUUUUGAGAGAGUGCAGAAACGUACUGCAUUUCGAAAGGUUUUAGGAGACAUACACACCACACUGCUGUCAGCUGUUUUACCUAAUGCUUUCCGCCUUGUGAAAAGAAAACCACCUUCUUUCUUUGGUGCCUCAUUUUUAAUGGGAACCCUAGGCGGAAUGGGAUAUUUUGCUUAUUGGUAUCUCAAGAAAAAGUAUAUGUAACAAUAGUAAAUGUAAUUCUGUGGCCUAUGUAAUGUGUGAUAUUAUGGAAUGUUUUAAAAUAUGUGAAUAAUUUCACUAGGUGAAUUCUGUAGUACUGUUAACAUUCCAUGCCGUAGGAUGGUAUAUUAUACAGCACAUAUAUAAUUUAACUGCUGUUUCUUUUUUAAAAAAAUGGUUUUGAUUUUCCAUGCUAACAUCAGGCCAGCAAUUCACUAAACUUCAUAAAUAACACCAGUUAGCCAAUCAAGCGACAAUUAGAAAAUUGCACUGUAUAUUCCCAUUCUAAGAUCUAGAAAUCCAGCCAAGUCCUGCCCUAUGGACAGAAUUUAGAAAUAAACAGGCUGCAGUGAGUUGGACUGAAAUUAAAAUUUAAUUUCCAAUAGGCACAUUAAGUUACUCUGUUCAUUGUGUGACCAAAUAUAUCCAAGACCACAUUGGAAACAUCUUACUUCUCACACUGAAGUUUACUUUGAUGGGUUUUAGUGGAUCAUCUUCCAUCUACUACAGGCCAACAUUUUUCAUUAAACCAUUCAAUGAAUUGUGAACUCAAUUCGUACUGGAAAAUGAUGAAGUUGUCAUUCAUGAAUGAACAAAAUAAAGUGCACUUAUUUGACAUAAAGAAAAGAUAAAUUUAGUUUAAAAACACUAAACAUGAUCCCCACUCAAGGUUUUUGAACAUCACUUUUUCUUUCAGACAGAAAUUACACACCUGUACUCUGACCUCUUGCAGUCUGUAUUCACUCCUUUCAGAGAGAGCUCUUAAUCAAAGUGUUUUGUUCAGCUUUCAUUUUCUGUAGGACUUGUUUUCACUUGGUAGCUAUCAUUACCUUCCAGCCAACACCUUUUGUGCGUUGCUUACUUACCAUUGUUUGUUUUUAUGCUGUAAUUUGCUAAGUUAAUGUGUAGUUUCUUCAGGAAAGAUUACAUACAAUAUAUUUUCCAUUCUUUUAAACAUCCUUCAUAUUUUAUCUGCUUAAUCCCUGCAAUGCCCACCCACUCUCCUUUCGAAAGCAAUAACUAAUACUGGGUACAGUUUUGGUGUAUAAACUAAAUAGUAAACCUGUAUUAAACCUUACCACAGUGUUCAACCAUGAGUCCAUCACAGCCAAGUUUGAUCAUACUGUACUUUUAUUUUCGUUGUCCAGGUAUAACAAAGAGAAACAGAAACCAAAAGUGAAUAGUCCAGAGCUACAAUGGUCACGUGUUGAGUAACCAUUACCACAACAGAAAAUUAGUUACAAUAUAAAUCUAUUAACUUGAGAUUUCAAAAUCAUACUCAAAAUGUAUUCACUUAAUUUAGGAAUUGAAUCAAUUGAUUCAAUUAAGUCAAUUGAUUCAUAAAUUAUCUUUAAAGUUUAAAAAUUGACAAGGAAUUAUCGUGUGUCCAAUUGGUGUCUUCUACAUAAUAAAGUAUUUUUUGUAAGGUAAGGUAAGAUAUGGUAACAAUAAUUCACAAUUACCCCACUCAAUGAGUCCAGUUAGUUUUCUAGCUAUAUUUUUGAAAAAAAACAUUUACUUCAUCCAUAUAAGACAAGAAUUUUUUUGGUUCUAACUCCAUUUUAGGGUUCUAAAAAAUUUAAUUAUAACGUCUAUUGUGGAAGAGUAACUUGCCAGUACAUGAGUGAAGUUCAAAGAAACCUGUGUCUGACCCACUGUACCUCCAGCACCUUUGUAUGUUGUUCCAGAUUUCCAGUAUCUGCAGCAUCAUGUGUGUCAAUUAAUAGAAAGCUGGUUGAUGGUAUUCUAUCAUUCUUGAAUCAUUCUUAAACUGACAUACACUACAGAAAUAGGCACCCAGAGUAUGAAACAUGUAGAUUUAUAAGCAAUCAUGAAGCCAGAGCUAAAAAGUGUCUGACCUGUUGAGUUCCUCCAGCAUUUUGUGUGUGUAUCUUCAAAACUUAGUUUCAAAUUUUAGAUUAGCUUUGUUCAUUCAUAAAUAACAACUUAAACUAUUAUAAUUUUAUUUCAGGUUUGUUUUACCAUCCAAAAGUUGCUGAAUAUUUACAUGAAAGAGAAAUGGCAUCCCUAUAAUUUUCUUAAUGAAAAAGCCCACAGACUCACUAUGUUGAAAUAUAACUUUUGGAUGAAGUUGAUUAGUACUGUAACACUCAACACAUUUACUUUGCUUUAGUUAAGUGCCCAAUCAGUGCACUGCUUUCAAAAGCUGUGUUUAUGUUCAAGUAGAUCAUAAUUAACAUCACUAAUGAAAUGUCUUCACUGGAUGGGUCAACAUGGUGCUGCAGAGGGGUUACGUUGCUGAUAAUCCUAGUAUAGAAACAAAAUGACUGGGGAAAAAAGCUGCAAUUUAAUUAGGUCCUGAUUAGAAUAACUGCAUUGCUAAUAGUGAUUGAAUUUUAAUUUCAGGCGGAAAGCUGAAAUCUUACAAAUCAAUCAAUCAAUCAAUAAAUAAAUAUCGGUGGAUGUACCGCAUUUGCCAUUUAUAAGGCAGAAACAGAACAUCAAUUCUGUGCAGGGUAUGGAAUAGUGAACCACUAAAGUGAUCUCAAAACCUUAUUCUCUAAAUUGAUCUCUAACAGGAUGCAUUGCGAACCACAGAAGUGUGUCUGUAAUAUGGUAUCGAUACACAAUGGAGGAUCAAAGACCUUGUAUUCUAUGUUUACAUCAGGAAUCCAAGCUUCCUGACCACAAAGCAGCCUUAAGACAUACACAGUCAAAAUGGAUACCACUUCAACCAUUUCUGAAAUACCAUAUACUUGUCAAGGUAGUAAACUUAUUUUAAAAGAAAUCAAAAAUGAAAUUAAUCAGUGUCUUGAUUCAGAAGGGUUUAUGUAAAUUGGUAGAUUGCCAGUUCCAAUUUCUCUUUUCAUGGGACAAAGCUGCAAUCUGUAGAAAUACAUUCAAUUCAUUUAAGUCACCGUCUGUCAUGAAUACGCAAUAAUGCAUUUAUAGAGAUUUGAUUCAGUAUCAAGUUUAUUAUCAGGACAUUUGUCAUGAAAUUUGUUGAUAUCAUGAUAUGAUAGAACACCAGUUUUAAAGUAUCUUACCCUGAAAGAAAUAUGUCAUUUCCUUAACAGGACAGAUAUGUCAGGAACGAAUAUAUUAAGUGAAGUGCUGGGGUUCAGAUACACAUUCUAAGACUUGAUGUAAUUUCAUUGGAUCAGCUCUCUUCCAGCAUACAAAUGACAAAAGGUUUUCAGGUAUUUAAAAAGGACAAGAGAAAGGCUGAAUAAUGAGAAAUAUAAAAUAUUAGACAAUAAUCUUUACUAGUUAUUGUGGCAAGUCACUAGAGUUACCAAUAAUACUAAUCUGCAUUUUAUGGGAUAAUUUGCCUGUUCAUCAGAAGCAGUGUUACAAAUAAUCAGGUUUAUUGUCUAAUCAAUGUGGAGUAAUGGUAAAAUGUUAACACACAAGAACAGCUGAAGGAUCAGAGUGAUAAGUAUUUGAAUUACAUUAUGAUUUAGCCUUAUUCACACCUGAUUUUG